CCUCUCUUCUUUCCAUCUUCUCUUCUUUCAGCACCCACCCACUCCCAUCCUUCCUCCUCCCCCCGCUCGCAAGCAAGCAAGCAAGCUCCAAGAUGGCGUUGCAUCCAAUUCUGCUCAAGACCCUGAACAUGGUCACCUAUAUCACCGCGAUCUCGACCAUCGUCUUCUUCCGCGAUUUCAUCACAGACGCCUUAGCCGGCCAUCCCAACUACCUGACAAACUCCACCGUCGGCUUCAUCAUCCCGGCCCUGAACUGGUUCCUCCUCGGAGGUUUCAUCUUCUUCCAAUGGCUCGAUUUCGCACACGAUGUCGUCGUCGAGGCCGUCGACUGGCAUCUCUUUGUCAGUAACUUGAUUAUUGCCGCAUGGGUCCUUACUUGGAGAUUCCACUGGUUGAUCAUUGGACAAAUUCUGCUGGUCAUCAACGCGAUCCUCAUCUGGAGACUAUACAUCAAGGUGCGCGUCUUUACGGCCACGAACCUGAUUGAUUAUGCCUUUAUCCACAUCUCGUUCUCGCUCUACACUGGAUUGGUCUGGUUGGAUGUCUUCCAGAACUUCUUUGCCGCCUUCACUACCAAGGAUGGCGGUCCUACCUCCUGGGCUGCCAUUGGAGCCGCCGGCGCCAUCUUUUUGCUCCUGGCCAUUGGUGAAUACCAUGCCGAGUUCUCCAGAGAUCCAGAUUCGUGGUCUGCUAUUGCCAUUGCCUUGAUGAUCCUCAGCAUCAGUGUCGAGCAGGGCUCCGACGUGCCCGUCGUCUUCAUCACCAGCUUAGUCAGCGUUGGCUGGCUGGUCGGUGCUCUGGUCAGACGUGCCCUCAAAAACGUGGCCAUCUGGCACGAGCGCGCCCAGGAUGACGUCUAUGUCGGAGAGAGACGUCCUCUUCUGGGUUAAAAUAGGGCUGGAUCAGCACAUUUCGUUAACAUGGACUACCUAGUCCCCCCCCCCUCCUUCACACUUCACACACAUGCACCCAUCCUUAUCCCAUCGCCGUUUCCUAUUCCCAUCGAUUCCUCUCUUUUUCUUUUGCAAAUAUACCACCAUCCUCCGCUCCCAGCACUUUAGAAAGGAAGAAAAAAAAACUAAAAAACUAAAAAAGAACUGUACCAUUUUGCCUUCUUCCUCCUACAGACUUUCGCAUUCGUCUUUAAUAAAAAUCGUGUAUGUACCAGA